CGCACAACGCCCGGCGCGCAUGUUAAAGUAGUUUUUACGUGAGCAGCGGGUCCUCUGUUUCGGUGUCACGUCCACGCCCGCGAAGACAGGUGUCAGCAGCCCGGAGAGAAGACCGGCGUCCUCGCCGCCGCGUGAGCGCGCGCUCCCCGUGACCGCCCACGUGUGUGUCCCCGCCACGCGUCGGCGUUCAUGGCCACAGCUGACUCGGGCGGUCUGCUGUGCGGACGGAACAGUAAACUGGACUCCUUCCUCAAGAGGAACACGGAGCGAAGCCUGUACGAGCGGAUCCGCGCGUACGAGCCGUGCGUGGUGCUGUCGGAGAGCGUCAGCAAGGUGUUCAUGUACGUGGUGCUGAGCGACGACUCGAUCCACCUGGUCGAGUUCCCGCCGCGCACCGUCCGACGAGUCGUCGGGUUCGGGGACGUGAUCGACAUCGACUUGAUCAAUGAUUUACCGGAUUUUCUCAGCGGCCGUGACCGUGAACGUUCGCAGCAUAUCCGUGUUGUCCACAUCUCUGCGAAGCAUCUUGGGGAAAAAGAUGCUUGGCACCGAGGAGAAAAAGCCAAACCGUGCCCACCUGAAUCUCCUUCCCAGCAAAAGAAUUUGACCACUUCUCCAUCUCGUGAUGGGCUCGGCAGCAUCUUGCUGUCCACCCAUUCUGCGCCACCAGGGUUCAACAGCUGGAAGCCCACUUCACCCUCCAGGAGAGGAAGAGGAGAAGAGGAGGAGGAGCUGAAGGUGAAGCAGAGAAGGUCUGCGUCCUGCCACAGCACUUACCUGAAGGAACUCCGGGUCCUUCCCUCCCAGCCCCUGCCUUUGUCUCAUCCUUCCUCGCCAAGGUUGUCUUCCUGCAUUCCCCUAUCAGCUCCCUCAGGGAGCGGUGGCACGGGAAGAAAGCUGAAGCCAGACAGGAGGGGAUCCAUCCUGGCCAGGCUGAUGAAGAAAUCACCACUGGAGGGGAACAGCGUGAAGGAGGAGGCCAAGAGGACGGAGCUACACCUUUACGCAGUGUCUCCGACCUCACGGAUAUACCUGCACCUGCUGAGCUCCUGGAAGAGCUAUAUCAUCAGGUCCACCCUCCUGUUGGAUCCUCGGUUCAGGAAGAGGUGCAGCAUUUCAUCAAGCUCCGGCCCUCAAGACCGGCAUCGGACGAGCUGGGAACGCACGGCCUACCUGUUUGGGCAGCUGAGCCGGGAGCUGCUGCAAGAGAACAUCACCCUGGAAGCGCUGUACCUGCUGCUGCAGGAGCUGCACGCCGCCGCGCACCGCAACACCGCCAUCCGCAGGCUCUUCUGGAGGUCUAGCGACCUUUGCCCCUUCCUGGUGAGAACCCUCGAAGACACUCUGCAAGACCACUGGAAAAGUUGUGGAGAGUACAGCGGGGUCCACAGAGCAGAUAAACUUAUGCUGGCCACUCUCGUGGUCCAGACGCUGGGCCUGAUGUUUCGGGAGACAGAGGUGGAGUCUGCACGCUUUGCCUUGCUGACAGCAAAAAGGGGAGCACUGACUGAAAGACUGCUGUUGGCACUGGUCUGUGAUCCAGAGCUGGAUCUCCGGGAUGCAGCAAAUGGACCUGUGGUCCCCAACCAGGACCCCCUUCAGGCACAGGCUCUCUUGGUGGAGUACCUGGAUGCAGCCUCUGCCCUCCUGUUCGAGGCGGUGGUGAUGUCCCAGCAGGCUACAUAUACCCCAGGACUGGAGCACUUUGUGACUGUGGGCUGGGCUCUGAAGACACUGCAAACCCAUCGCUUCGCUUUGCCUUUCAUCAGUUACAUGGCCCGGGAGGUGCUGUUCACGCUGUCCCAAUCGAUUCUGAGCCCAGCGCAAGCAGUCUUGCUGUACCAGAGGUGCCAGAUUCUCCUGGCCUGUCUUCAGUACAGCGCUGAUCUGUCUUGGCACAUUAAAACCACAUUCCGUGAGGAGUUCAGGUACUAUGUAAAGGUUUCCUGGGUAGAGGAUAAGAUACCGCCACACUACCCCAUUAGCCAGCCCACCAUCAGGCUCCUCUCCCGGCUCCUGCACUUGGUGCUCCAACGCAGCUGAGAUGGACCCUGCAUCCUACUGCCGCAGAUCACAGCUUGUGCUUCACUCAAGGGCACAGGCACACACAUGAAUAUGCAGUCAGACAGGCAUGUGAUCACACACAGACAGGCUUUAUUUUUAAGUGAAACGGUGCGUUGUUGCAGCAUGUGCCACUGUGUAUAACUGCGUUUUCAUCGGGAUGUUGUGUUAUUCCUCAGUAGAGGCACUGUGAUCAUAACAGUCAACAUGAGGAAUUUACAUCAGUAAGCAUUAGGACAGAUUGUAAUAUUCUGAUUAGUGUGGUAUAGGUUUUGGAUGAAUGCUCACGCACACAUUUUCUGAAACUGCUUGUCUCACGUGGGGUCAUGGGGAGCUGGAGCCUAACCCAGCA